AUGUCCUACCCAGUGCCUAUGGCUGCGCUCGGCAUGUCGUCGGGCGUCAUCAUCGAGGACGGCUCUCAGCUAUUGCAGAACCUCGAGUUGGGCUCUGCGCUGUUAAACGUGCUCUUCACAAUAUAUGACGUCGAUGAGAAGAUCGCCGCCGCUCGAACGCACCCUCAGGGACAUCCGUCGACGAUGCGGUACGGCCCUCCAUCGUCCUCAGCGUCAACAUCGUCCCCUCCAUCGUCCUCGUCAAGUUCAUUCAGCUCUUCCUCAUCGCCAUCACCAUCGUACACAUCUUCUUCUGACGCUUCCUCGGCAUCCUCCCACUCUUCCUCUUACUACUCUUCCCAUCUCGCAUCUUCAUCACAAUCGAUAACGUCCUUCGAAUACGACGGCGGCGCCACGGUAUUAACUCCACCACGGCCAAGUUCCGAAGAAGACAGCUCGUUCUUGAUCCAGUCACAAGCCGAGCGCUUGCACGUAGUCCUGGACGCCGUCUCAUCUGUCGGGAAUGGGGGCAACGGCACGUCCGCGUCCACGUCCCUAUCCCCAAUGGUGCACCUGCUCAUCGGCGCGGAACAAGUCUUCGAGCCCAGCCUCGUCUACUUGUUGGCAUUGGAAAUUUACGAACAAGCUGCGGUAGACGAUCAUAAAGUCGCUCAUGCCGUCCAGGAUGGAAGAGAGUUGCCGCCCGUUACACGUUGUCAGAGUUUGACCCAGAAUGAAAGGUUCUAUAGGGUCGUGAUGGACGGGGUUGAUGGAUUAGGAGAUCCAGAGGAGGAUGGAACAGGAAUAAGGCGCUGGCUGAUAGGGAUCUCUACUAGGAAACGUGUAUAUCGAGUGGUGGCGGCGCUUAUUAGGCAGGCGGACAUCGAUUUCCACAGGGAGAUCGUCGCAUGGAAGAGCCAGCAAGUGAUACCUGAUCGAACGUAUUGUCAGUUGCUAGUCGAGCAUCCGCUUUUCGUGACCCUAUUCACGAUGGCGUGUAAAGCGUACCGUGUGGAGUUGAGGCGUCAAAUUGCGAUGGUCCAGAUGGCCCAGGCGGCAGCCAAAAUGAAAGCUCGUGCAAAGUACGUUUCCCGGGGCGUGGUCCAUCGACAAAGGCCCUGA